AUGACAGAUAGAUCCUCAAGCCCUCUUUCUUCACCCCCUCCCGAGAGUGUCAUCAAUGUCGCUACCGGUAGCCCUGCAAGGAGUACCAAAGACAUACUUGACUCGGCCGGCCGCGCAGAGUCGCCGGCUGUACCAGUGCCCUCACCAGCGGUCAUCGCAAACAUAAAUGCCGACGCGAGUGAGCCCGUGAGGAAACGCUCGGCUGGCAGCGACCGAUCCACUGUCCAAAAGCGCAAAGCCAAACCGGCCCGCCUGCCAGCACCAGCGAAAAGGGCACGAGCUCCCCCUGCGGCAAAGAGGUCGCGACCUCCGCCUCCAGCCAGAACAUCCGCUCGAAACAGGAAAUGGGAGGCUCCAUUUGUCUACACGGAUUCCAAAUCACCCCUCACCAAAGCCGACCUGAGAUCGAUUCUACUACUCCCUCAGGCUUGGGACGUCCUGGCUCAAGAAGAGAAGCAAGUUGUGCUUGCGAAGUUCCCGAAUGACACCCAUAUUCUGGAUGUGGGGACACCAGAUGCCCGCCCAAACCUAGUCUCGCUGCGUAAUGACGACAACUUUAGGCAUGAUUGCGCUCGUUACCGUGAGAAUCUCGAGUCAGGGUGGCAUGACGAGGAGUGGUUAAGGCAGGCGUGGGUUGCCCACGAAAAGAUGAAGCGUGGCGACUACGAUCAGUUUCUCAGGGAACAGUUUGAGGCGGACUGGGAAACGGAGCUGCCAAAGGAGAGCAAGCCGGAGGGUCCUAAGUCUGACCAUGGGAUGGAGGCCGGUCCGUCAAAGUCUGAGCAGGUGGCGCUGGAACGCACCUCCGGUGGCGCUCCCAUCACCCCCAUCACCCCCAUUACUCCCGAGCCUGCUGGCGGCGGCAGCUCGCAACAACAAUCGCAGAACGUGGAGGUGGCUAUGGGUAAAGGUCGUGUCCCCGCCGUGGAAGAUGGAGAGAGACCAUCUCAACCCACUGGGGAUGAUGAUGAGACUCCUAUACACGCGUCAGGCUAA